AGGUUGGGGUGUGACAGACUCCAUAGCCAUUGGAUUAGCAAGCAAAGUUGAAGUCGAACUCGGACCGUCGGACGGCCAUGAACGAGGUCAAAUCCAAGACGCGUAAUCCUCGUUGAUUACCCAACCCCCGAAAUCCCAAUCCCAUUCCACCUCCCACCUCACCCAUCGCCACUGUUCUCCCGCUGUAACCCCGCCACUCCCACCGCGCCGCCCCUCCAUUCCCGCCGCCUCCAUCAACGCAAAACAUUCGAUUUCUCCCGGGCCACUGGGCCUUUCCGUUGCUCCCCUUUCCAAUCCCCCAAUUUUCUUUUUCCGCGUAGAUUCGUGUUGCUGGCCGCGUUCGUGUGCGAUGAAUUGCUCCGUGGAGAUGAAGGAGACGAAGGAGAUGAAGGGAGGGUUCGUGUCCGAUGAAUUGCUGGGCACGUUUGUGCCGAUAGCUGUGUAUUGGCUCUAUUCCGGCCUCUAUUCGAUGCUGGGAGGGUUGGAGAAUUACAGGCUGCAUUCUAGGAAAGAUGAAGAUGAGAAGAAUUUGGUCUCCAGAUCGGAUGUCGUCAAAGGUGUAGUUCUCCAGCAGGCCGUGCAGGCUGUCGUUGCCACCAUCCUCUUUGCGGUAACUGGAAACGAUGGAGUGGUUGCUGAAGAUGGGCAAGGAUCCUUUCUCGUUCUUGCACAGCAAUUUGCUAUCGCGAUGGCGGUGUUAGACACUUGGCAGUAUUUUAUGCACAGAUACAUGCAUCAAAACAAGUUUCUGUACAAGCACAUCCACGCUCAGCAUCACCGCCUUGUUGUCCCAUACGCGUUUGGAGCUCUGUACAACCACCCCGUCGAGGGUCUGAUUCUCGACACCAUAGGCGGGGCUUUGGCUUUUCUCGCCUCGGGCAUGUCUCCCCAGACCUCCAUCUUCUUCUUCUCGUUUGCUACCAUCAAAACCGUCGAUGAUCAUUGCGGACUAUGGUUGCCCGGGAACCUCUUCCACAUCUUGUUCAAGAAUAACUCCGCGUACCACGACAUUCACCACCAGCUUUACGGAACCAAGUACAACUUUUCGCAACCGUUCUUCGUGACAUGGGAUAAGAUACUUGGGACUUACAUGCCAUACAAAGUAGAGCCCAGAGCAGAUGGGGGGUUUGAAGCUAAGCCUGAUAAAGAGUGCAAGGACAAUUGAGUUGGUUAUGAUGUUUUGUUGGAGAUUUUGCCCUUUUUCCCUCAAUGUUUGAUGACAUAUGUAAUUGUACAUAUCUAUAUGUCUGCAUAUGUUGUUGUAAGAAUUAGUUGCUUUAGCAUACAUGUCAGCCUUUGAGGUUAAUAAAGGAAUUUAGUUUGAUUCUUUAC